CGCUGAAGCUCUUGCGUAGCUAAACAAACCCAGGGAGUGUGAGUGAUGAAAAGAUAAAAGGGCUACAAGAGCAAAGAAAGCAUUUGACUGCACUUCUUGAAACAAACGAACAGAAUCUUUUAAGGGCACAGUCUUAUGCUCCAAGGCUUGCAGAUGAAAGCAGUUUUCAGGAAAUGAAACUGUCUGCAUUAUCUGAGAAGAGAAAACUUUUGCAAGAAAAAUUAGAUUCAAAUCUGAAAGAUCUACAAGAAGCACAAAUGCUUGCAUCUCUCCAACCAGACAGUAUGAAUGAACGUAAAGUAGAAGAACUAACAGAACAAAGGAAAAAGUUGACUGAUGAUCUGAAGGCAGCUACGAAUGAUAUGCUAGAAAUACAACAUCAUCCUUCAAAAAGAGCUUUAUUUGAAAGACCCAGUGAAAAAGAAAUGUCUAAAAUAUACAGACUAUCUGAAAAGAAACAACUUUUGCUAGAAAAGUUGGAAUCUAAUCAAAAAGAGCUACAAGAAGCUGAGAAACUUGCAGCUACCCAGCCAGGCAGUGUCAGUGCACACACCCUGCAGGAAUUGUCUAAGCAAAGGAAACAUUUGAAUGAAGAGCUAGAGGCAACACUGGAUGGCAUACAAAAUAUAUUUGAUGCUUCAGAAAGAACUGUAUUUGUACGACCUGUUGGAGAUUAUUUGAAAACAUUUCUGCUUACAGGAAGAGAAUUAGAUGACUUAUCUGUGAAGAAGAAAGAGUUGCUGGAAAUGUUAGAAUCGAAUAGAAAAGAGCUACAAGAAGCUCAAGAACAUGCAAUUUUGCAACCAGGGAGUAUAAGUGAUCAUAAGCUGCAGACGUUAUUUAACGAAAGAAGACGAUUAACUACAGAACUAGAGACAACUAUGAAUGAUAUACAAAAGGCACAGGAGCCUACUUUAGAAGGAACAACACAAUACUCUGGAAGGGAAUUGUAUGAGCUGUCUGCAAAGAAGCAUGAAUUAAUGGAACAGUUGAAAUCUAACCAGAAAGAGCUACAAGAAGCUCGAGAACUUGCAGAUGCACAACCAGGCAGUAUCAGUGAGAGUAAACUACAAGAGCUAGCUGAACAAAACAGACGUUUGACUGAAAAUCUAGAAGAAACAUUACGUGAUAUAGUAAAAGUAGAGCGCCUUGCUUCCGAAAAAGCCCUAACUAACAAACUUGCUGGCAGGGAAUUACAUGAGCUAUCUUCAAAGAAGCAACUUUUACAGUUAUAUUUGGAUUCCAAUUUGAAGGCACUACAGGAAGCUCAGAAUCUUGCUGCUACUCAACCAGGCAGUAUUAAUGAACAAAAAGUUCAGGAGCUUGUUGAGGAAAGAAGACAAUUGUCUGCAGAUUUAAAGGCAACUAUAAAGAAAAUACAUGAGGCAGAACAACAUGCUUCAGAAAGGGGUCUAACUGAACAAUCCUCAGACCAGGAAUUAUAUGACUUAUUUGAAAAGAAGCACCUGUUACAAGGAAAUUUGGAAUCCAAUUGGAAAGAGAUACAGGAAGCUCAGACUCUUGAAGCUGCUCAACCAGGCAGUAUCCCUGAGCAUAAAUUAGAGGAGCUAGCUCAGGAAAGAAGACGUUUAACUGAAGAUCUAGAAAAAACUGCUCAGGAUAUCCAAAAAGUAAAGCGUUCUUCUUCAGUAAAGGUUCCAGCUGAGAGACAUGCUGAAAGAGAAUUAUAUGAACUAUCAGAAAGGAAACAAUUGUUAUUAGAAAAUUUGAAAGGACUACAAGAAGCUCAAGCUUUGGCGGCUACCCAACCUGGCACUGUUGGUGAAGAAAAACGAAAGCAAUUAGCUGAGCAGAAAAGACGUUUAGCUGCAGAUCUAGAAGCAACUGUACACGAUAUGCAAAAAGCACAGCAUGCUUCAGAAAUUCCUGUAACAUUAAAGCCCAGCGAAAACGAAUUAUAUGAACUGUUGGAGAAGAAGUACCUGUUACUAGAAAACCUGGCAUCUAAUCGGAAAGAGCUACAGGAAGCUCAUGCUCUUGCGGAUGCCCAGCCAGGCAGUGUCAGUGAUCAUAAACUGCAGAUGCUAAAUGAGCAAAGAAAACAUUUGACUGAAGAUCUAAAAGCAACUGUGCAUGAUAUACAAAAAAUACAACACCAUGCUUCACAAAAAGCUCCAACUGAAGGAGAAUUAUUUGAACUAUCUGAGAAGAAACAACUCUUGAUGGAAAGUCUAGAAUCCAAGCAAAAGGAACUACAAGAAGCUAAAGCUCUUGCAGCUUCUCAACCAGACACUAUCAGUGAACAAAAACUACAGGAGCUAGCUGAGCAAAAAACCCAAUUGACUAUAGCUCUAGAAGCAACUAUGCAUGAUAUACGAGAAAUACAGCAUCGUACUCCACAAAGGGAACUGCCUGAAGAGCCUUGUGAAAAGGAUUUACAUAAACUUUUUGAAUGGAAACAACGUUUAUUGGAACACACAGAAACUAAUCUGAAAGAGCUAGAAGAAACUCAUGCUCUUGUUGGUACUGAACCAGACAGCAUCAGUGAGGGAAAAAUACAAGAGUUAAAUGAGCAAAGAAAGAUUUUGACUGAAAACCUGGAGGCAGUUGUACAAGAAAUGCAACAAACGAAAGCUUAUCUUUCAAAGACUGGUGGAAUAAUAAGACCCAUUGAAAAGGAUUUAGAUCAGCUUUUCCAGAAGAAAAAAAUGUUUCUAGAACGUUUUGAAUCAAAUUCAAAAUUGCUGGAAGCAGCACAAAAAUAUGCAGCUAUUUAUCCAAGCCAUAUCAAUGAGCAAAAGGUUCAAGAACUCACUGCUGAAAGAAGGCUUUUAGCUGCAGGGCUGGAAGCAAUUAUUGAAGAUUUAGAAGAAGAAGAAGAGGUAGCUGGAAUAAGAGGCAGAGAAAGAAUUUUGGAAGAACUGACUGGAAAAAAGAAAGUGUUUUUACAUAAUUUGGCAUUCAGUUUGAAAGAACUGAAACAAGCACAGGCUCUUGCAGCUGCCCAACCAGAUAGCAGCAAUGAGCAAAGGGUACAAGAACUCUUGGAGCAAACAAAGCUUUUGGCUGGAGGUUUAGAUGCCAUUAUGCAAGAAAUAAAGAGUCUGUUUUUAGACAAAGCAGAGAUAGUAAAACCCGAUGAACAAGAUUUAUCUGAAAAGAGAAGAUGUUUUUUGGAAAAUCUAGAAUUAAAUCUGGAAGAAUUGAAAAAUUUGGAAGCUGCUGCAAGUGCUGAACCUGACAGUGUGAGUGAACAGAAAAGGCAGGAACUAACAGAUAAGAGAGCACUAUUGGCUGCCAAUCUUGAGUCAAUGCUUCAAGAUAUGCAAGAAGCAGAGGCUCCUGAUUUAGAACAAAGUGUAAUGACAAUACCUGAUGAGAAAAAUUUAAAUGAUUUGCUAGUGCUUACAAGACUAGAAUCAAAACUGAAUGAACUGGAAAAAUCAGGGACUUUUUCAUCUAUUCAAUUGGAUGGUAUAAUUGUUUUUGUAGGGAAAAGGAUGCAGAGUCUAAAAGAACUAAAGAGCAGUUCAACUGAUAAAUGGGAGUUGCCUGUUGUAGAAGCAGAUACAAAUGUAGUUGAUAAAACUGCUAAAGAAAAGGCAGUAAAAGAAUUCAUUGAACAAAGGAAACAUUUAUUUUCAUAUCUGCAAUCAAGUAUCAAAGAGCUGCAAGAAAAAGGCAUUAUUCGACAGAGCAGUGCACCUGACAAAGAUUUUCAGAGUAUAUCAAGAGAAAAAGUUGAUUUGGAUAAAUAUCUUGUAGCAGUUCCAAUUGACAUUCUACAAUCAGAGGCUGCUGCUUUACAUACUAAAUAUGGACAGGAUGAUGAGAGCAUAACAAAACAAAAGGUUUUGGCUGCAAAACUAGAAGCAAAUAUGAAAGAUCUGCAAGCUGCUUUGGAAGGAGAGAAGAUGGGAAAAAGGAGAUAUGGUGCACCGAGAGACAUUUUAAAAACUCUAAUCAAACGAAGAAUGCUUGUAUCUGAAUCGGCAGAAGAGCAGCAGUUGAAACCAUCAUUGUCUGGGCUGCAAAUACAAAUAAGUAAAGCACCUGUGCUUAAGAAAAGCAAAACUGGUCAGUCCUCUUCAUACAGAAAAGCAGAAACAGAAGUUGAUUCUUCAGUCCAGGACUAUAAGGACAAACUUUUACAGAAAGAGACAGAACUAGCAUUUAAAAGACAAUUUAUGCCACCGUCAAGUGGAACACAAUUUCCGCAAUUGUCAGGAAGCAAAAUAUCUUUGCCACAACUGCCUAGCACUGCAGAUUCUGACAUAAAAACAGAGAGAUAUCCUGUGGAUCCUGGUCUGCAAGAAAUAUUCAAUUUUAACAAGAAUUUAAUUCUAGGACAGAAAGCAAAUCUUCAACAAGCAUUGCAACUGGCUCAACAACAGUUAUUACAACAACAGCCAUCUUAUAUCCUGCCUGAAAGGUUAAGAAAUAUGUCGGUAUUAUUAUCCCAACCAUCUGGCACAACUAGAGCCCAUGAUUAUAGUAUGCAGCCUUCAAGACCAGUAUGGGAAGCAAACCAAUUACCUCAAAAGGACUAUGGACGCAAGCUGAAUAUGUUAAAAAGAAAGCUGAUAGGACCGGGGGCUAAAGGUAAUUUAUCAAUCUGAAUACAGGUUCUUUUUUCCACUUAUUUUAUCUAUAUAUU